UUCUUCUUGCUAGAAGCGAGGUGUCAGCCACGCCCUCCUAACACGCAUACGCCAGGUCCAUGGGACCACUCUCACUCAUACUCCCUCGUCCCUCCGUGCCAAAACGAAAGGGACCGCUGCUCUGCUCUGCCUGCCUCCCCUUCAUCCUCCACUUCUUCCUCUUGGUCUGGUUCGGGCAGAGCAUCCGCACCUGCUCGGCCGAUUACCCCGGCGUUUUCUGUUCCCUUUCACCCCGCGUGCGGGCGCUAUCCUUCCCGUGGCGACGUCUGGGUGACCGCUGCCGCAGCCCUACACUAGGUUCCUAGGUAUUCGCCGGGCCCUUCCCCGGCGACGAGCACCCACCAUCUUAGGCUACCUCUGUGGGGAUCUUCUGUGAAGCAAGAGAAGUUACCUAGCACACAACUCAAAGUUCAGUAGAUUAUUGAGGAUCAACAUUUCAGCCAUCUGUAUGUUAGUUAAUAUGAUGGCCGAUGGUAACAUCUGGUUAGAAAGAUAGAAACUCAUUAUUGCGCUACAUAUGGUAGUGCCCAUUCGACAUAAGAACUAAGCUGGACAUUGGUAGAUCCAAGUUAUUAAUGGCGCACACUUCCUGUGAUGGUGUACAUCAUGUUAUAAGUGUAGCACAUGGGGAAACUGCAUCAACAUCAACCAGUCAUCAAGAUAUGUGCAGUGACUCGGAUGAACCACAUCAGGAAGAUAGGCUAUCAACAAGCACACAAACCCUGUCAUCAGAGUCUUCGCCAUCAAUAUCACCAACUGCUUAUAGCACCAGAAAUUUAUCUUUUCCUAGAAGAGAUAGUAUAUAUGGUCAUGGAAGAAGUCCAUGGAAUUCUGGUUUAUGGAUCUCGUUUGAAAUUGUCAUGUACAUUGCUCAGGUUGUAGCUGCUAUUGUCAUCCUCAUCUUUUCAAGACAUGAACAUCCCCAUGCUCCUUUGUUCGCAUGGAUAAUUGGAUAUACACUUGGCUGCAUUGCUAGUCUUCCUCUUAUUUAUUGGCGGUAUGUUCAUCGAAACAGACAUUUGGAUCAAGAACCUCAGCAGCCACCUACAACAUAUCCUACUUUGACUCCUUCUCAGUCAUCAGAAGGACGCAACCAUCGUACCAGUGGUAUUGUUUUGCAUCUUGGAUGUAUCUCAAUUUCUUGCCCAAGGCUUAGUGUGCUGGCUUAUCACUUCAAGACAGGUGUUGACUGUUUCUUUGCUGUAUGGUUUGUUGUUGGCAAUGUGUGGAUUUUUGGUGGGCGCAGUAUUUCAUCAGAUGCUCAGGACGCUCCCAAUAUGUACAGGUUGUGUUUGGCAUUCCUUGCGCUUAGUUGUGUUGGAUAUGCCAUUCCUUUUAUAAUGUGUGCAGCAAUAUGCUGCUGCUUUCCAUGCUUGAUUUCUGUUUUGCGUCUUCAAGAAGAUUUGGGUCAAAAUAGAGGAGCUACUCAAGAGCUAAUAGAUGCAUUGCCAACCUACAAAUUCAAACCAAAACGUGUCAAAAACUGGGGGAUUGACCAUGCUUCAAGCUCAGAGCAUCUUGAUGAGGGUGGCAUUCUUGGCCCAGGAACUAAGAAGGAAAGAGUUGUUUCAGCUGAAGAUGCUGUGUGCUGCAUCUGUCUUACGAAGUAUGGAGAUGAUGAUGAGCUUCGUGAGCUUCCUUGCACACACUUCUUUCAUGUUCAAUGUGUAGAUAAAUGGCUUAAGAUAAAUGCGGUGUGCCCACUCUGCAAAACAGAGAUUGGGGGUGUGGUUCGAUCUUUCUUUGGCUUGCCAUUUGGCCGCCGCCGUGUCGAUAGGAUAGCGGCAAGAGGUGUAGCUAGCUCAAGAUUCAGUGUAUAGAACAAUGCUGUUUUUCCGCAUAAAGAGCUCUGCUCUGUUGCAAUGGUUUGAUUGAUUGUCAAGGAAAGCGCUGUGUGCAUGACUUGAAGACAAUGACACCUGGUGGGAGACCUGAUGCUUGUAGGGGCAAAUUUCUAAGAAAUGUAACGGACUGAAGGUGCUGCUAUACUCUGAUGAACAUUUUUUUUCCAAGUAUGUAAAUAAGGAACACGAAGUUCGCUUGCCAGGUAUAAUGCAACUUUGCAAGCAACUUCACAGGUGCUCUAGCAUCGGCCUUGGUGUUCUUUCCUUCCUUCUGGUUCUGUGAUUCUCUUCAUAACGGCAAUGCACUGCAUGCAUUGUAAGGCUGUCUUCAGUAGCUUACUCAUUCUAGUUUCUAUCAUCAUAUAUUCUAUUUUAAACUUCACCUUGUAAACAGUGUAAUUUAUAAUAUAAAAUAGUUAUUUAUAAUAUAAAAUGGUGUUUUAUGCGAUCA